AAAGUCUCCCCUGAGCCCACUCGUCUCAAGUCAGUGUAAUAGCCACGCUCGGGGGAGGGUGAUUGCGUAUGGUCCCUCGCCGGCUCUUUAGUGACCUUAGGAGUGAGGGAGACGAGACCUGCCCUUGUCGCUGGCCGUGUUGUGUGUGUUUAUCUGUCAUCGUCUAACUCGCUGUGGAGUGCCCGUGAUGGAAAGAAUCUCGUCGUAGGCUGGGUUGUGUGCGGCUCUUCCCUCGUUAAUAAGAGAGGGCCAGGCACUGCACACCUUAAUUACCCCCGACACCCUCACCUGUCCUCCCCCGCCGCCCAGAGCGGCGGACGUAAAAAAAAAAAAAGGAAGAAGAGAGGAGAAAAAGAAGAGGAAGAACGAGAUAGAAAUAACAAAAGGAGGUGGAGUUCGUGGUAGCAGUAACAGUGGAGGCGGAGGAGGUGGAGGAGGAGGAGGAGGAAGACGAAGAGGAAGAGGAAGAGGAUGCGUUUAUUCAAGAGGAGGAGCAGCGACCCCUCCCCGCGCCUGGUGUCCCUCUCCCCGCUGCAGACCGACCACACCCUCCACGCCACCGACUCCCCGCUCUUCCUCCUCUCCACCGCCUCCACCUGCCGCGCCCCCGCCCCCGCCGCCGCCCCGUGCCCUCAGGUGAGCCAGGAGGAUGUGGAAGAGGACCUGUAUGCUACUGUAGACGGCGAUGACGGGGAAGAGGAAGGAGGGGGAGGAGGAGGAAGCGCAAGAGAACGAGGAGGAGAUGAAAAAGAGGAAGAAGAGGAAGAGCACGAGAAGGAGGACGAGGAAGAAGAAGCCAUUUAUUCAACAGUGGAGGAGGCUCUGGGGUACGGUGGAAGUGGAAGUGGUGGUGGAUGUGAAGGGGUGGUGGAGGUGGUGGGGGGCGUCAACACCACCUGCUUCACCGCCAUGCCCGCCCUGGUGGUGGAGGAGGUGGUGGGGGGUAUGGGCCGCGACCCUCACCACCACCCCCACCAUCAACCCCUCCACUACAACCGUCAUCACCACCACCACCACCACCACCACCACCCAAAGGAGCAACACCAACCUUCUUCAGCAGCUAAGAAAGGCUUCUCCACCUGGGGCCGCAGGAUGGGCAAGAAGCUGGAGCAGCUGACGCGCGGCGAGGGCAAGGAGCACAUCCACUUCCCACUCGGCUCCACCCGCAGCCGCAGGAGGAACUGGCGUCCUAACAAGGACGUGGAGGCUCUUCCCGGGGCGGCGGGGUCGAGGGGCAGCAAGACGGUGGCGCGGCAGCCCCGCAAGACGAAGGUGGAUCGCGUGGAGAGCAUCCGCAACCUGUUCCGUCGCUCUCGCAGCUGGGACUCCGCCAAGGACCUGGAGGAUGACCCUGUGCAGCGGACGUUGCCGCUUGGGGACGAGCCCGGCGUUGACGGGGUCAGAGGUCAUGCGGAUGACCCCAACAACAUGUAUGAGUCACUGAAGGACAUGAACGGCAGCAACUGUCGGAGCGAUGCGGGCAGCGGCAAAGUGUUGUACCGCAGCGCCUCCACGUCGUUGCUGCCCGGCUGCGAGGCGGGCGUGGAGAGUGACGAGCGGGAGGACGUGGUGGUGGUGGUGCCCGAGGUAGAGUGUGAUACCAAGGCGAGUGAAGGAGAAAAGUCUACCCGCAAAGGACAGUUUCCGUACGCGUUUCUCAGAUCCAGACUAACCUCGGUCGCGGAGGAACAAGCGACCGCCAGGGACGAGUGUGGUGACAGCGGGCGCGGCACCGGCAGCCACUGCGGCAGCAUCUCGGACGUGCGCACCUCCUACUCUGAAAACUCUGACUCAAAAUCUUCCUGUUCCGACUCCUCCUCGGACAAUAAGUGGUCCAGGGAAGGAGAGGAAGAAGAGGAAGAGGAGGACCGCGUGAGGGACAAGGUGGUGAAUAAAGACACCGCGGAGAGGAGCGAGCAGGUUCCCGCCAAGCCCGCCGCCAGGGACGUGGUGUCGCCCAUCCCUGCGCCCACGGGCUUCGGCGACGGAGACUUUGUGGUGACGGUGCGGGUGGCGGGGGCAUGCCCGGGAGCGGGGGCGGGGGACGCGCGGAGCUCCAGCGUUUACAUCGAGCGUGAGCCAGACAAGGGCGAGGCGGCUGAGGGGGCGGGCAAGGCCAGGCAACCAGGCCCCACGGGCAAGGCUGCGGGCGGCGGUAGUCCGAUGCUGACAGACGAGGAGAAGCUGCUGGCCCAGCUCGGAGACUGCUGCUACCACUGUGGGAACCCACAGGAUGCGCCGCCGCCCCCAGUGCGGCGCCGCCCACCCACUAAGUCACGCACACACGUCCGCCUGAGCUGCCCCGCCCCUGACAGUCCGGCUGAUGCUCUGUACGAGGCUAUUUACCCCGAGGACAGUUACGCGAGACGAGCCUCGCUGGACCUGGACCGCCUCGACCCCCUCCUGGAACGCGUGGAGCGUCUGGACGGCGUGACGCGACUGGAGGCACAGGGUCGUGAGGGCCGCACGGCGGACCUACACGUGGAGGCGAGGCGGCGGUACUCCCGCUCGGCGUCCCUGGACCGCGCCGAGUCCUGGCGGUGGAGCGACGCGCUGCUGGCCGAGGAUGGCGACAUAGACUGCACGUACAGCGAGGCGGGGGGUCGGCGGAGGAGAGCCCCCAGCCUGCCCCGCCCCGGCCCCCCGCCCCAGGUUGCGCCGCAGCAACAUCCGCCCCUCGCCGCUAAGAGCUUUCGGCUGGUGCGUCUGGUGAAGGAGGAGGCCGACGAGGGACUGGGCCUUUACAUCUCUGGCCAGAGGACUCUCGGCUACCUCAUCGCGCACAUCAUCCCCGGGGGGCUCACGGACAGGGACGGGCGGCUGCGUGUGGGCGACGAAAUCAUCAACGUGAACGGGCGGCGCCUGCGCGGGGUGUGUCUGGAGGAGGCGCGGCGGGUGCUCCGUCACACGCCCAUGGAAGUGGACAUCGUGGUGGCCAGAGAGCCAGACCUCCACGCCCACGAGUCUCUGUACUCAGACUUCGAUGUGGCGUCCUUGGCCAGCGGUCGCGUCGACUCUCGCGUUGACGCGAGGAUCGAGUCCCGCGUCGAGAGCACCGUCGAGGAGGAGGACGGGGACGACGACGGCGACGACGACUGUACGUGUUCCCACUAUGGUGACGACGAUGACGACUUGAGACUCCCCCCGUGCUGCCACUCUGACAUUCGUGACCUUGCCUACCUGCCUGACCUAGCCCACAGCCGAGCCAGCCUCAGGGAGCUCCCCCUACCCCCCGCAUCGCGUCGGGACCCCCGCACCUGCUCCAGGGAAUUGCCGGAUCUCCCUGAGCUGCGGCCUAGCUCCUUAGGGUGUACCAGGGACACUCUGGACACUGCCAAGGAGCCAAGGUGUUGCUCGCUCCAGCUGGCGGGUGACAAGGACGUGCAGAGGCGCCACGGGGAGGCAAGGAAGUCGGGGUUGACUGCGGCGCGGGAGGAGGGCGUUGUUACGGCGGUCAUGGUGCGAACUGUCUCGGACGCUUCCUCAGGAGAUGAUGAGCCUCGCCGCCUCCUGCCACUCCUGGAGGAUGGUGUGUUUGCUGACCGCUCACCUUCCCAGUCCUCCCACGCCUCUGUCAGGGUGAACUCAGCAGCCUCCAUGCACAGCUCUGGCAGCGUGGGGAGGUGCAGCAGACAGGUGUCUCAGAGAACGCAGCGCUCCUCUUCCACCUCCACACUCCCUCGCAGACCUAAGUCUCUCAACCUCUCCUUCCACACCGUUGUCUUUGAGAAGGGCCAUGGCAAAAAGGGACUUGGGUUUUCCAUUGUUGGGGGACGAGACUCCCCUAAAGGCAACAUUGGAAUCUUUGUCAAGACCAUCUUCCCCAAUGGACAAGCAGUAGAGGAGGGAACACUUAAAGAAGGGGACGAGAUCUUCGCAGUCAACGGGGAGAGUCUGGCCGGAGCGAGCCACUCAGAGGCCAUUGCCAUGUUCAAGGCCAUCCGCUCUGGCAAGGUGGUGCUGCACGUUGGCCGGCGCACACACUCCAAAAAGAGAGCCCAGAAAACUAAAUCAUUUGAUGAUCUGGAUAAGUUUGAGGAGUGAAAUCCCUCUGACACAUCCAAAACAGUCCACAAAGUCAGCAUUUAUGCAUAAGGUACGGACACCUGUGGCUUGGUGUCCUAAUCAUCAGGUUUUUGUCUCAUCUGUAGGUUUUAUUUAUAGCAUUUUAGCCAUAGAUGCAGUAAACCAAAGAUACUUCACUUGCAGACUAACUUUGUGAUGUAAUUAAAAUACUCAACUGACCUUCAUCUAACUGCUGUUUUAUAUAUGAGUGUGUGGAUGUGAGGGUGCUUGCUGUAUGCUGUAGCUGUGUGUAUGCCAUGUACAAGGAAAUAUUCAGUUUUUACCUCUAUAAACAUUUUAAGAAAGAGCAUAUUUGGGAUUUUAAUAAAUUUUGUAUAUUUAUAUACUAGAUAUUUUACAAUGUCUAUAAUUUAUAUAUGUUAAGGAAAUGUUUGCCUUUUACUGACAUGGCAUUUUAACAACCAGCCAUCAAACUAAUUAUGACAAGUUCAUAAUAUACAAACAAGGACUAUCCUUACUCUUGUCACUUAAUGUAAAUACAAUGUAUAUCAUUAUUUUAAGAAAUGUUCAAUACACUUUAGUCCUUACAGUGCACACUGUAUGGCUCAUGUGCAGCUUUAAUAAAGUCCCCUUACCUA